UUAUUAUCGCGGAAUAAUAAGCUACUAUUUGGGUUCUCUUUAUUGUGGAAAAAUGAAUGCUCUCAUUUUCAACAUCGUUUGUCUUCUUUCAAUAAUAUCCAGGCCUCUCUUAUAAACUUUCUUCUCUACAGAACAUCCCCACCUCAAGCCAUGGAUUCAUCUUCACUAAAAUGUUUAGAGUUUGGGAAGCUUGUGUUGAAGUCCGAUCUCUUACCCAACUCUUGGAGUAAGAUCUCUGAGGUAUAUGAAUCAACCAAUCGCAAUCAAGAUUCAAGUCUAAAAAUCAAGAUUUACCCAGAAACCAAGUACACAACUGUGGUUUUCGACGCACCGUUGCUUCGCACAAACUAUCCUUCAGAUUCUGCUUCCACUACUCUUUCUGGGACACCAGAUCAGAAUCCAUUUCAUUUUCUAUACCUUGAGAAGAUCCCCUCAUUCUCCAUUCACGCACCUGCUUAUCAGCUUUUUGACUCUGCCAAAAACGAUCUCAUUCACCUCAAAUCAGAGUUGCUCAAGUCCAAGAAACAAGUGAUCCUAACCGGAGCUGCGUUAGGAGGAUCGGUCGCAUCUCUGUUUACGCUUUGGCUUGUAGACACAGUCGACCCGAAACUGAGACGUCCCUUGUGCAUCGCUUUUGGCUCUCCUUUAAUAGGAGACGCUUCUCUGCAGCAGAUUCUUGAGAACUCCUUGAGGAACUCAUGUUUCCUUCACGUGGCUGACGCUGCACAAACUCUCCUAACGCAAGCUUUCAAGCCUUUUGGAACGUUCUUGAUUUGUUUCGACUCCCAAUGCAUUUGCAUCGAUGACCCUGAGACGGUCACGGAGCUGCUAGGCGGUGCUAACACGGAUGAAGUAGUCUGGAGGGACUACAGCGAAGUUCUCGGUCGUCUGGUUCAACCGUUAGCCGUGGAAACAAGACUGAUAGUUGAUGAUGGAAUUAUCAACCGGAUGGCGGAUCGUGCUGCGAACAAGAAACUGCGUUUUGAUCCGCUUAUAAAGCUAAACCACAUGAAGAUAGAAAUGAUGCAUUUAGAAAAGUACAAAAAGAAAAGCACGAUGGGUUACUACGACCGGUUCAAGACAAAUAUGAAGUCUCCUGAUUCAAUAGUCGAUGUGGUUACUGAGAAGCGCAAGAAAGAGCUAAACGAUUACUGGAUAUCAUUGGUCAAAGAAGUGGAGAAGAUGCCUCAGAGCGAAAAGUCACUUCUCAAGACCCGGUCUCUCUUCGCGGGGCACAACUACAGACGGCUGGUCGAGCCACUCGACAUUGCUGAGUAUUACCUCAGGGGUAAAAGAGAGUAUCGAACCACUGGAAGGUCUCGCCACUAUGAAAUGCUCGAGAAAUGGUUUAAGGCGGAAAAUAUUAAACCGACUAGAUGGGAAGGGAGAGACCUGAGUGAUCUUUUGACGUUUGAUUCUUGUUUCUGGGCUGAUGUUGAGGAAGCUAUGCUUGUAAACAAUGCUCUGAGAACACAAUUGGUGGGGAGAGAGGUGUUGUUUGAGAAGCUCAUGAAGUUUGAAGAAUACGUGUGGAAGAUGAUAGAAAAGCGCGAGGUUUCGCCGGAGAUUUUCUUGGAGGGAAGCAGUUUCAUGAAGUGGUGGAAAGAGUACAAGGAGAUCAAAGGCUUACAUGCUCCACCUACCCACUUCACCGAGUUUAUGAACAAUAACAAGCACGAGAGUUAUGGCAAGCCUGCUGAUAAAGAAUGAUGUACUGAGAGUUAUGGUCAGUAAAAUAAUCAGUUACAUUGCAUGUUAAGUUGAUGAUUGAUUGUAUUUGUAUCCAACUAUUUAUUUCCAUGAAAAUAAAAAAAGUACAUUUUAAGGAAAA